AUGGCUUCGUUUGGGUCUCUUAAGCAGGCUAUCUUUGAUAGACAAACGAGAAAACAGCAAUACCAAGAUCACAUACGAGGCCUGAAUGCUUAUGAUCGCCACAAGAAGUUCGUCAAGGAUUAUGUUGGAUUUUAUGGAAGAGAGAGCUUCACACAAGAAAAGUUACCUGUUAAAACAGAUCAGGAUACUCUUAGAGAAGGAUACCGGUUCAUACGAACUGAGGAAGAUGAUAUGAAUCCAUCUUGGGAGCAAAGGCUGGUUAAGCGCUACUAUGACAAGCUUUUCAAAGAAUAUUGCAUAGCUGAUAUGACACACUAUAAGAGUGGCAAGAUUGGUCUGAGAUGGAGGACCGAAAAGGAAGUGAUAUCUGGAAAAGGGCAAUUUGUCUGUGGUAACAAAAAUUGCAAUGAGGAAGAUGGUCUAGCUAGCUACGAGGUGAAUUUUUCAUAUGUUGAAGCAGGAGAAAACAAACAGGCCCUGGUGAAAUUGGUAGCCUGUGAGAGAUGUGCAGAAAAGCUUCUUUAUAAAAAGAGGAAAGAGAAGGAACAAUCUAAAGAAAACCAGAAAGAUAAGCAUCGAAGGAAAAGAGAAAGAUCUGUAAGUGAUGAUGACGAAGAGGAUGAUAAAUAUGCACAAAGGAAAGGCAGGAGUAGAAGGUCCAAAGCUUCAACUUCAUCUGAUAAUCCGGGUAAUGAAGAUAAUGAAAAUAUGGAUCAGUAUAUGGAGGGAAUGUUUCCUUGACAGGAGGAUAUUGAUGUUAUUGUAGAGAUUUUACGUUUCAUUAAAUUAGUUGAAAUCGCCAGCUAGAUAUUUUUGUUUGGGCAACUUAUACGAUUAAAGGUAAGGCCAUACUUAUUUCU